UACAUACAGUGGAGCUGGAAAUGAGAUGACUUUAUAAAAUUCUUUAUAAAUUUUAAAAGCUUGAUUUCAGUCUUAAUAUUAUUCCUCUGUAAUAUUAUAUUACAGGGGGAAAUGCCUUUAUUUCUUUUUUUUUUUAAUUUUAUUUUAUUUAAUAAUAACUUUAUAUUGACAGAAUCCAUGCCAGGGUAAUUUUUUACAACAUUAUCCCUUGUACUCGCUUCUGUUUCGAUUUUUCCUCUCCCUCCUUCCAUCCCCUCCCCUAGAUGGCAAGCAGUCCUAUAUAUGUUAGAUAUGUUGCAGUAUAUCCUAGAUACAAUAUAUGUUUGCAGAACCGAACAGUUCUCUUCUUGCACAGGGAGAAUUGGAUUCAGAAGGUAAAAAUAACCCGGGAAGAAAAUAAAAAAUGCAAAUAGUUCAUAUUCGUUUGCCAGUGUUCUUUCUUUGGAUGUAGCUGCUUCUGUCCAUCAUUUAGCCAUUGAAACUCAGUUAGGUCUCUUUGUCAAAGAAAUCCACUUCCAUCAGAAUACAUCCUCAUACAAUAUCAUUGUCGAAGUGUAUAAUGAUCUCCUGGUUCUGCUCAUUUCAUUUAGCAUCAGUUCAUGUAAGUCUCGCCAGUCCUCUCUGUAUUCAUCCUGCUGGUCAUUCCUUACAGAACAAUAAUAUUCCAUAACAUUCAUAUAUCACAAUUUACCCAACCAUUCUCCAAUUGAUGGGCAUCCAUUCAUUUUCCAGCUUCUAGCCACUACAAACAGGGCUCCUACAAACAUUUUGGCACAUACAGGUCCCUUUCCCUUCUUUAGUAUCUCUUUGGGAUAAGCCCAGUAGUAGCACUGAAAUGCCUUUAUUUCUGAUGCUACCUGAAUAUCUUCCUCAUUCUAUGGACAAUGAAAAGCUGCUUCUUCCUCACGAGUCCCAAAUUAUCUCUCUAGGGAAAAAUCCUCCUCUCUCUCUCAUGCAAAAUAAAUUGUUCAAAGGUUGUUCUUCUCAUCACACAAUCUCAAAAGACAUCAUCUGAACCUAAACAGAAAUCACUUUAACAACCUUUACUUGAAGACCUCCAGUGAUAAAGUAUCCAUAACCCCUUGAGAAAUCUCAUCCUUUUUGGGGGCUGUUCUAAGUAUUAGCAAAAAAAAAUCUUUACCUUAAGCGUAAAUAUGUCUCUCUAUAGCUUCCAUUCAUUGCUUCUAAUCCUACCCCCCGAGUCUAAUAUUCUUCCAUGUGAUGGCUUUAACAACACUUGAAGACAGGAGUAUUCAAGACUUACCCAACCUGUUCACCCUCCUAGAGACACAAUCCAUCAUCUCUCUGUGUUUCCUGAAAUGUUGUACAUAUCACUGAACAUAAUUCACAACAUCCCCACCUCCCUAAUUCAAAGCAAAAUGUGUUUUUAAUGGAAGCUAAUAUUCUUGUAUGAGAUUUUGUCAUAUCUUAUAGAAGUCCAGAUGUGGGACAGCUAGGUGGCGCAGUGAAUAGAGCACCAGCCCUGAAGUCAGGAGGACCUGAGGUCAAAUCUGGCCUCAGACACUUAACACUUCCUAGUUGUGUGACCUUGGGCAAGUCACUUACGCACGGUUGCCUCAGGAAAAAAAAAAAAAGGAAGAAUAAAGAAGUCCAGAUGUACUAUGGCUAUAUCUUUUUCUGUUUUACCAAUAUAUUGGCCAUAUGUGUAUGAGCCUUGUUUUUGAUUAAACCAUGGUGACUCAAAGAAAAUAGUUCUUCCCUUUAAGUAAUAAUAAACUACCUUUUAAAUAAUACUUCCUGAUAUUUCUCCAGAAAUUGGCAUCAUGCUUAUAUCAUGGCUUAAUGAGUUAUCUUUCUAGAUUAUGCAAUUAGAGUUAUUUACCUAUCUCCACUCCACCAUACCACUUUUAUGUGUUAUACUGAAAAAUUACUGAACUUUUGGGAUCCAACUGUUAUUUUUUUGUGGGGAGGGGGCUAGGUAGUUGGGGUUAGUGGCUUGCCCAGGGUCACACAGCUAGUAAGUGUUAAGUGUAUUUGAGACCAGAUUUGAACUCAGAUCCUAUAAUAUUCUCUCUAAAAUGUAAUGCUCCCUGUUGGAGUUUUCUUGGGGUCUCUGGAGGCAGCCUUCGUUUCAGUUCAAUAAUUACCACAAGUGCAGCCAGGGAUUAAAGUGCAAAUCCUUUAUUGUUUCUUUCCAAGUCUUGUCUCCUUUCCUGGAGCCCAGUUAGCUUUUUAUACUCCAGAUCUUUUAUUAUGUCCUUCCUGGGGCUGAGCAGCUUUCUGGAGGCCUUCCAGAACUUGGUUUUGGUGGAGAAGAGAAGGAGGAGAGCCUGCCACCACUUCUCUGUCUUCCCUCGUUCUGAUUCUGGCUGAGCUUGUCCGAGCUUAUAUUGUCUCUUAUCAAAGGUUGAAUCUUGUAGAACUAUAGUAAGUACUAAGUACAUGUACUGAACUAGAGAACUAUUAAGCACCAUGCUAAAUAACCAUUGUCUCUAUCAAUUCCACUGACUUAGCACCUUGUUUCAAGUUCUGGCCCAUAACAAGGUCCUCCUGACUUCAGGGCCAGUGCUCUAUUCACUGUAUCAUCUAGCUGCUUCCUAACUGAUUUUUAAUUGGGAAAUCCAAGAUAGGCUAGGGGGGUUGGCGGGAAAUACAAUCAUUUGUCCAUCCAAGAUCAGCAUAGGAAGACAGUCAGAGAUCUGUAGGCAUGAGGGAUUGGGUUUGACUAUGAGUGUGCUAUGAAACAUUCCUGCACCUCAUCUAGGUCCCAGACCCACACUUGGAUACAACAUUUUGUGGGAUGUAGGAACAGAUAAACCCUGGCAACUUGUCAUCCACUACCCAGUUUCAGGUCACAGAAUAGUUUGGAUUAAGGAAGGGACCUGAGCUCAUGAUGAGCAGUUUUUGCAGAUCCUCUUCCUUAAAACAAGCAAGAAGAAAUUCAGGAGCAACAAGAAGGUGGCUCUGAUCCCAAAGGCAGAAUGUGGGCUCAUUCUCAGUUUGUAGCUCCAUUUGAAACCUUCAAAAGAAUAACCAGGACACAAAUCCCAGACUAAAUGGAAGCCUGCAUUUUUGCCACUCUGAACUAGCAGAAUUUUUGACUCAGCUGAUAGCAGAUGAGUCCAGCAGCAGUCUGUUGUAGCACAAAUCCAAACCUAGGUCAGGAACUUUCAAUAUCAGAUCUUACCUUAGAUCACUCCACGAGCACUGAAAGCAUGCAGAUCCCUAGGCUGAGGUAUUCUUAUUUGGGAAUAACCAAACAUUCCUAAGAAAACAGCCAGAGUUCCAGCCCAGACCUUACACACAGAAGCAUGCAGAGACUUUAGAAAUAGAUAGAAUCCACUGGUCACUAUCUGAAAGAAAAAAAAAUCCAAAAUGAAAACUCCCUAGAACAUCAUAGCCAGAAUUCAAGCUUUCAGAUCAAAGAGGGGGGUUGGGGGAAGGGGCAAGGGAACUGCAAGCAGCUAAAAGGAAAAAAUUGUAGCAGUGUGUGACCCUGGGGAAUUUAACAGCCACCACCAAAUAUAAAGAAACAGAGAGUUUGGAAUAUAAUAAUAAAGAAGACAAAGGGUCUAGAUAUAUACCUGAGAAUAACUUGGGGAUUGGGGGGAGGGGAAGUCCUUUGUAAGCCUUUAUAUAGUGCCUACUAUGUGCCAGGCACUGUACUAAACACCAUGGUUUGUUGUUUUUGUUUUAAAUAAAUCUCUUUUUUUGAUCCUCACAAUGACACUCAAGAAAGAUAAUUAUCCCCAUUUUACAUUAAGGAAAUUGAGGCAAACAGGUUAAAUUACUUGCCCAUGUCUGAGUUUUGAAUGUAAGUCUUCCUGAUUCCAGGCCCAUAGCUCACUCAAUCCUCUAUACUAUAAAUUGUCUCAGCAAAACUAAGUAUAAUUCCACAGGGAGAGAAUGGGUUAUUAAUGAACUAAAAAAAAAAAAAAAAAAAAAAGAUUUUCCUGAGCAUUUCUGAUUUAAAAACCAUGCUACACAGCAACUUGGAAGUUCAAGCACAAAAGUUAAGAGUAACAUAAAAUGGUAAACACAAACUAAGAUGAUAAAGAACCAAACAAGGGUAAAUUGCUUGCAUUUAGGAGGUGAUACACGUGUCUUCUCUCAACCUUAACAGCUAUCAUCACAUAGAAUAACUUAUUCGACAGACAGUCUGCAAAUGGUUCUGUCAUGUCUUGAUCUUAAAAGAACAUUUUCAAUAAAGGUGGAUUGAGGUACAUACUUUAUACAAAAUCAGUUUAACAGUGACGUAUAUAACUAUUAACAAAGUGGAUAAGACUGGCCCCCUCAUCAAAACCACUGACUCUGAUGAGAAGAGAGAGACCUUCUUUAUUGACACACAAGAAAGAAGGAAGUCUUGAUAAUCAUGAAACACUACUAAGAAAAACAGACUGGCAUUCAGGUGAGGCUAAUCACAUCCCUCUCUGACAGUUAAGAAAUGUUCAUAGUUUUAUGGGAGAACCAAAUUUGUAAUCUUUGCUACAUCAAAACUACCAGAUUUGCUAUCUCCUCAAAAGAAAUAAAUUUCACAAGGACUAUCAAGGACAGAGGAUAUCUUUUGGCGAUGGUGACUUGUGAUGCUUGGAAAUAUCCCAGGAGCUACCAGUAUGAAAAAUAACCACUUCUCUUAAUUAUAUUUUUAAACUAAAUUCUUCCAACUCAACUCAAGAAUAUAGCAAGGAUAAGGCUUUAGGCAGAUAUAGAUCAGUUAUAAAAUCAAUACAAUAUAAACUCAAUUACAUUAUAGAAUUCAUGUAGAAGAAACUAGAGGUAAUGUUAAUUUUGAUAUUUUCAAGAAAGAAAGGGUGAAACAAAUGCAUGGGGGAGAGGAAUUGAGAGAAAGGUUAGGAAAAAUUAUAUAAUUGAAGUGCACAAGAAGUCUCUAUAAACAAGGAAGAAGCCAUAAUAGGGAUUAGCUAACCCUUGAACAUUACUUACCCAAAAUAGUCAUAGGAGGGAAGAAAACACAGGAACAGAAAUCCAUUUCAUAUUCCACUCAACAAGAAAAUAGGGAAAGGAGAGAAGGAAGAAUUAGAGGGAGGGAUUAGUCUAAGCAAAAUAAAUUUAAGGAUAUACAAAAACAUGUAGCUCUUUUUGAAGUGGCAAAGAAUGGGAGUUUGACAGCAGUGCCAUCAAUUGACAACACUAUUGUGCCAUAAGAAGUAAUGAAGGAAAUGGUUUCACAGAAACUUGAGGUGACUUUUAUGUACUGAUGGAGAGUGAAGUGAACAGGGCCAAGAGAACAACUUUGAAAAAAAUAGGAACUCAUCAUUAUAAUGACCAAGGGCAAUUCCAGAGGACUUAUAAUGAAACAUACUACCAACUUUAUCUGUUAGAAAGAGGAAAGACUCAAUGCAGAAUGGGAUAGAGAGAUAGAAAAAGACAUACGUGGGGUUUUUUUUAGACAUGGCCAGUGCAAAAAGUUGUUUAGUUUGACUAUGCAUGUUUGUAUCCCAGGGUUUUGAUUUGGUUUUGAUUCUCAUUUCAGGAGUUUGGAAAGGUGGAUUUUUACUGAUUAAAAAAAUUAAUUUAAAAAUAUUAGAAUUAGGAAAUCUAGAUUCUAAUCUCAGUUCUGAUUAUUAUUGCCUGUAUGACUGUGGACAAAGUGACAAACUCUUCAAGGCCUCAAUUUAAAGUGUUUCAUAAAUGUGAGUUCUUCAUGGUUGCUGAAAGGUUAUUAUAGACUACAGUUCACCCAUUAUUGUAACAUGUUCUUUAAUUACUCUCGUUUGGAAAAGAUGCCUUGAAUUUGCCCAAGGUAGAUAGGAACUCUCUUAAUUUCUCAUCACUGAUCUGUCAUAUGGGUUUCAACUCUUUGUUAAUCAUUUUUGUACUAUCUUUUCCAGUCAUUUUCCUUGGUAGAGAAAAAAAGAGGCAAAACCAGAGAGAAAUAGUUCUGUCGUCUUGCAUUUGUCCAUUGUUAUCACCAUCCCAUCCUGAACACCAGUCAUGUCUCAUCUUUGAUAUUCCUGUGGAGCCAAUAUAGCUUUAAAUUUUUUUUAUUGUUUUUAGUAUUUAUCCCUAUCCUCAGCUCAUUCUAAAUUCUAGUAUACCUCACUCUGUUCUUAUUAGACCAAGCUACCUUUUUGUAGUCAUACUGUUAACUGCCUUUGCUUCCAACUUUUAAAUACAUCUUUUCAAAAAAUUAGAUUUGAUCAUUAUAUUCCCUGGUUAUCUACAUGACUCUUUAGAAUCUUGUCUUUCACAAUGAAAUCAUUUGUCAUCAGAAUUUAGUUCAUUUUUCUUUGCACUUUUAAAAGUCUGUAUCUACUCCUUUGAUUUCCCUGCGACCUAUCUUCCAACUAUGUUUGAGAUUCAUAUAUCCCUAGCUUCAAUGCACAUCCAAACAUUUUUACCAUUAUACAUUAUAUUCUGCACUUCUUAUACAUACAGGUGAUAAAUACACACAUACUGAAGGUAUAUAUGAAUGUUUAUGAAUAGUACAUACCUUGUACCAUGUGGUAUGUUUUUCCCUAACUCUUUUAUGCAAUCUGCUGAAUAUGUCACCUCCCCUAUCCCCAGGGCCAAGGACUGGGACUGCAACAUGAAUGUAUUGUUUCAGGUGUUGGUGACUUUGACAGAUGUGACUGUGAAUUUCACUCAUGAGGAAUGGAGUCUUCUAAAUCCUGCACAAAGGGGCCUUUACAAGGACGUGAUGCUGGAGAAUUAUGAGAACGUAGUUUCACUGGGGUUUCCAGUGUGUGAACCUGCUGUAAUCUCCUGUUUGGAGCAAGAGGAAGAGGCAUGGGUCUUGGAUAUGCAAGAAGCUAAAGAGAGAGAGAUCAUGAGAGGAGACUGCUCAGGUUGUGAGACUGGGACUGAGAAUAAGGAGCUGUUGAUAAAGCAGGAAAUUUCUGAAGAAGUGGAAUCUCAGAAUAUGAUACUGGAAAGAUUCAUGGGGGAAGUUCCCCAUGGACCCAUAUAUAGAGAAGCCUAUGAAUCUGAUGACAGGUCAAAGGAUGAUUUACAGUCUUCUGCAGGUAAAUUCCUUUCUCAGACGAGACAUUUGAGAUCAAUGACAGUAGUAGAUUAUAGUCCUUCUGAAGAAGAUAAAGACCAGAAAUAUAAUGAAUUUGGAAGAAACCUCCAUCUGAAUUCUAACCCUGUUAGAAUUUCUUCAAGAGAGAAAUCUCAGCAGUGUGAUAAUACAGGCCAAAUAUCUAAACAGAAUUCAGAUCCAAUCAUACAUCAGAGAAACCAUACAGAAGGGAAAUCCUAUAAACCUAAAAUAUACAGAAAGUCCUUAAGGCAGAGUUCAACCUAUGUUAAACGUCAGAGAAAGCGCACAGAAAAAGUUUAUAAAUGUAAUGAAUGUGGGAAAGCCUUCAAACAGAGUUCAAGCCUCAUUAGACACCAGAGGAUUCACACAGGAGAAAAACCCUAUGAAUGUAAUGAAUGUGGGAAAACAUUCAUUGCAUCCUCAAAUCUUAUUCAGCAUCAGAGGGUUCAUACUGGAGAAAAACCAUAUGAGUGUAAUGAUUGUGGUAAAGCCUUCAGCCAGGGAUCAAGUCUAAUUCGCCAUCAGAGAAUUCACACUGGAGAAAAACCAUAUGAGUGUAGUGAAUGUGGGAAAGCUUUCAAUGUCUCCUCAAACCUAAUUCAACAUCAGAAAAUUCACACUGGAGAGAAACCCUAUUCAUGUAAGGAAUGUGGGAAAACUUUCAUUCUAAAUUCUUACCUUAUUAAUCAUCAGAGAGUUCACAGUGGAGACAAGUCUUUUGAGUGUAAUGAAUGUGGGAAAGCCUUCAGUGAUCGCACAUCUCUUAUUUAUCACCAGAGAAUUCAUACUGGGGAGAAACCUUAUGAGUGUAACAAAUGUGGAAAAGCCUUCAGUCUGAGUUCAGGCCUCAUUAAACAUUUAAGAAUUCAUACAGGAGAAAAACCUUAUGAGUGUUAUGAAUGUGGGAAAAUCUUCAGGGCAUAUUCAAACCUUAUUCAACACCAGAGAAUUCACACGGGAGAGAAACCUUAUGAAUGUAAAGAAUGUGGAAAGACUUUCAUUCUAAGCUCAUACCUCAUUAGACAUCAGAAAAUUCAUAUCUCAUGAAUGUAAUGAAUGUGGAGAAAAGCUAGUACAAAAGCAUCUAGUAUUCAAGAUCAGAGAAUUCAUGCUGGAAACAAAAUGCAGGGAUUAAUGAUUGUGGUACAGUCUUUGUCCAACACUCCAGCUUUAUUCAAUGUCACAGGAGAGAAAUAUCACUUGUGACAACUUUUUCAAGUCAUAAUUUUAGUUUGUCAAAUUAUUUUUAAAGGUGGUAUUCUUGCCUCUGAAAACACUGUUCUUGUCAUUGAUUUUAUGCCUCUACCAGUGGCAAUAUAGUCAGCAGUUACCUGAACUUAAAAACAAGGUGAAUAGUUUACCUGACCUUCAAAAAAUACUACUCUGCUCAAGCUGCUACUCAUUUCUGCACCUAGGGCAGUAUAUUGCACAUAGUAGGCAUUUAAUAAAUGUGUUAACUUCCAACUAUCUUAUAUCACAAAUGUAUGUCUUUAUUAACACAGUUAAAUUAAGUAACUUUAAGGAAAUAUUGCAUUUUAAUUUGGCAGGAAUUUAAAGAACACUUUAUAAAAAUGUUUUUUUUUAUUAUUAUGGACCUGACAAAGCAUCAACACACAUGGACAUUUCCUUAUUAAAAAAAAAGAAAAAGAAGAUUGUACAUGAUACUAUAAAUCUCUCAUGCAGGCAGCAGUUUUUUUUUUAAGUACAUGUUAAAUUUUACAUGUUAUUUCUAAUAUUAUCCUGUUUGUGUCCCCCUCUGAACUUAUAUUUUCUUAUAUGUAAUUUUUAAGUGUUUCAUUAACUCUUACUAAUUUUUGGUAUCUCAUCUCUCCUCCCCCGUUUCCAUCAUGCUCUCCCUUCAAAAAAAGUUUAAAAAAUACCCUUCCUUGAAACAGAUAGAUGUAGUCAGACAAAACAAAUCCAUACAUUCACCAUGCAUGUCUUAUUCUGUGCCUCUAAUCCAUUGCCUUUCUGCCAAGAGGUAGAUAGUAUAAUUCAUUAUCACUCUUGUAAUCAUUAUUAGUCAUUGUAUUAGCUACAGUUCUUAGAGUCUUUCACAAUUGUUUUGUUUUAUGAUGUUGUAGUUAUUGUAUUAACGGUUCUUCUGAUUCUGUUCGCUUCAUUAAUUCAUUAGUUCACAAAAGCCCUCUCAGGUUUCUCUGACACUUUCAUGGCACAGUUGUAGUACAAUCAUUAUAGUCAUAUAUCAUAAUUUGUUCAGCCGUCUCCCAAUUGAUUGGCACCCCUUAGUUUCUGGUACUUUGUUAAUAUAAAAAGUUCCUAUAGAAUUUUUUGGUUUAUAUAAAUCCUUUUCCUAUUUCUUUGAUCUACAUUGGAUAUAAGCUUAGUAGUGGUAUCACCGAAUCAGAGAAUUUGAAGGCCACAGUUUAGUGACCUUUUUUACUGUAGUUCCAAAUUACUUUUCAGAAUGGCUUGAAUGACUUACCAACACACCAAUGGUUCAUUAGUGUGCCUUUCCAACCACAAACACUACCAAUAUUUAUCAUCUUUCUUUUCCACCAUUGUCAAUUUAAUAACAUUUUCCUUAGGAUUAGUGAUAGUGUGCUAGAGGAACUUUUUUAAACAACUAGAUUCUUAGAUAUACAAUUUGGCACCUCUUUCCCUUUUCUCCUUAUUUUCAUUUUUAGUCCUAUUCUUCCUUUGCCCCUAAAUUCAGCUUUAAAGACAUACUAGAUCCCUAAUUUUUAAGUUAGUAUUCUAAUGAAAGUAGCUUUUUGUAUGCUUAAAUGCUCUAAAUGUGGCAAAAGUACUUUUUUGUUUCAAGAGAUGUGACUCACUUCUUUGAAAUAGUUUGUUUUAAAGCCCUUGAUGGUAAUGACAAAGAUGUCAUAGUUAUUUUUCUUUGUUGCAAUAGCCUUUCUCGGCUUUCCAUUUCUAUUUCCAUUUCCAUUUUCAUUUGACAUCAUAGCCCAAGCAGUUUAUCUCAGCUGCCACUUUUGAUUUCCUUCCAUAGUUCUUUCAGCCAUCAAAGAAUGUCAAGACAGAAAGGAAAACUUUUUUUAAAAAAAGAUUCCCUCUCUUCCUUUCUCCCCUAAGAAAAAAAAAAAAAAGAAAGAUAUAACAUAAUCUUGAUGGUGGGAAUAUAGACUCUCAUAACCUUAAACAGUACAGUAGAUGGUCUUUCCUAUUUUCCUUAUUUUUAAAAGAUUACUGUGCUCCUACUUCCUGCCUUCUAACUGGGUGUAGUUUAAUUUACAUUCCAGGUAGAUACUGAUGCUUGUGCAGCUAUGUAUUUUAUAUCCUUGUUAUUUGUUCUAUGUAGAUGAAGUGCCUGGCACUUAUUGGUUAAUUAUGAGAUUGAUGUGGAUUUUUGUGCUAAAAUUGUUCUCAUUCAUUAAAAACUUGUUUUUCAAAUAGA